AUGUCAGAGCAAUCACCGUCUUCUACAAAGUUUCCUUUACAAACAAGGCAAGCAGCACGAGUGAUCAAUGGCGUACAUACGGAAACAUUAAUUACGGGUUUUCGAGAUAAAAUUCUUGUGAUAAUUACACAAUAUGGGAAAAUUGGAAGUUUGGCCUAUGUAACAUUCGACUCGCGUUCAAAACCGUUAUCAUCGUUCUCUACAAGCACCACCACUAACGUUAAUUUUUUACUUGGUGGAUUUUCUUCGUUAUAUCAAUUGUAUGCAUUACAUAUUGCUACUAUAAUAGCGAACGAAAAUCCCAAUGACAGGCGGUCUGUGGUGAUAGGGUUGGCAUUAAAGAAUGCUGUUGAUGGUAAGGAUGUUGAUAAAGAACUGAUUGACUGUAUUGAAUUGAUGGUAAAGGAAUGUAAGAUUUGGUAG